ACAAAAAAGAAGUUAUUCUAAAUAAAUAAAAACAAAAACUUUUACCCGAUUUAUCAGCAACAUGUUCAUCACCUUAUAAUAUUAUUGAAACAAGUACAGAUAUGGAUAAUGAUGAAGAUAAUGCUCAUAUGAAACCUAUUGAUAAUGAUGAAGUAUUAAUAAAUGAACAAGAUAAUGAAAUUGAACAAAAAAAUCAUGAUAAUACUUUAUCACCAUCAUCUAGUUUAACAUCAGGAACUGAUGUUUAUAUGGAUGCUGUAGAAAUUUUAAGUGAUGAACAUGUUGCUGAUAAAUCGGAUGGUACAUUAACACCGAUUUGUUUUGGAUCAUUUACAAAAGAAGUUAUUGAUGCUUUUUCAGUGAAUUUACAUCGAAUUGAUAAAGAUGUUGCUAGAUGUGAUCGAACUUAUGCAUAUUUCACUAAUAUGUAUAAUUUGAAAAAAUUAAGAAAUAUUAUGUGCACAAAUAAAAAAUAUUUAAAAUUUCAAAUAAUUUAA